GAUAAUGUAGUCCGAUAAAAGCAGUUGUGUUAAUAAGACAUGAACUGUGUUCGCGACAUUUUAAAAUAAUUAUAAAAUUAAGGUUAUGUUAACUAAUUGAUGCAAUGGCAUUCGCAACAAGAAAGUGGUUAGUGAAUUGUAGGAAUUUAAAUAAAUAUAACAAACUCCUCUCUGUAACUCAAAGUAGGUCGUUCUCAUCAUGGAAUUACAUUAAUAAAAAAAAUAUUACUAAGGAAGAAAAACGAUUGAAACCAAAAUGGAUACACACGACAAGCAUUGUUAAUAAAACAGUCUCAUUUAAACUAUCUGAUAUCGGAGAAGGAAUACGUGAAGUUGUAAUAAAAGAAUGGUUUGUCAAAGUAGGAGAUAAAGUACAACAAUUUGACAACAUUUGCGAAGUUCAAAGUGAUAAAGCAGCAGUCACUAUAACCAGUAGAUACGACGGAAUCGUCACAAAACUAUACCAUGAAGUUGACCAAACUGCAUUAGUUGGACAACCUUUAGUCGACAUUGAAUUAGAAAACUCUGGAGAAGAAGACGCAACGCCAGAAAGUAGUAUGGUCAAACCAUCGAUAGAUACGAAGACAGAAAAUAUGAAUAUUCAAAAAGUAAAAAUAUUAACGACUCCAGCCGUAAGAAGGAUAGCGGCACAGUUUAAAGUCGAUCUUAGUACUGUGACUGCUACUGGAAGAAAUGGAAGACUACUCAAAGAAGAUCUUUUGUCUCAUCUAAAUAUCAGCGCAGAUAAAUCUAAUGACGUACCAAGUAGCGAUUCAUCAGAACAAGCGAUUUCUAUACCUGUAACUGGAGUCAAAGCAAGAACUGAAAUUGUAGUAGAAGAUAAAAUAGUGCCUGUUACUGGAUUUACAAAAGCUAUGGUGAAAUCUAUGAAAGAAUCUUUGAAUAUUCCACAUUUAGUAUUGAGUGACGAAUAUGAUGUAACAAAGUUAGUACAAGCAAGAGAUAGUCUGAAGAAACUCGCUCAAAAACGAGAUGUUAAAUUGUCUUAUAUGCCUAUAAUACUUAAAGGCGUAUCUUUGGGUCUCUCGCGUUAUCCAAUAUUAAACAGUAGCCUCGACAGCGCUUGUGAAAAUCUCACCUAUAAAGCUAGUCAUAAUAUUGGUUUUGCUAUGGACACACCUAACGGUUUAGUUGUGCCUGUAAUUAAGAAUGUACAAAAUAAGAGUAUCAUAGAAAUUGCUGUAGAAAUGAAUUUGUUGCAAGAGAAAGGCUCAAAGGGCCAACUAGGAUUAAACGACCUCAAAGAUGGAACUUUCACAAUUUCUAAUAUAGGCACAAUCGGAGGAACAUACGCAAAACCAAUUAUAUUUUCACCUCAAGUAUCAAUUGGCGCUUUAGGAAAAAUACAGGUACUACCGAGGUUUGACUCUGAAGGAAAUGUGACGAAAGCUCACAUUAUAUCAGUGAGUUGGUCAGCAGACCAUAGAGUCAUUGAUGGAGCUACUAUAGCUAAGUUUUCAAGCCAAUUAAAAGAAUAUCUCGAAGAACCUUACAAACUAAUUUUAGAUCUGUAGUAUACUUAUUAGAUUAUCUGUCACUAAACUUUUAUUUACUUUUAAAAAUAAAGCAAUUUUUAUACU